UUCUAUAUUGCUUGAAAGGUUUCGCAAAGUACCUUGACAAAAAAUUUCUAUUCGUCCUGACCAAAAUCUAAGCACUUUAAGUAGUUACACGAGGUUUAAAAUCAUUGUUUAUUGUGUUCUGCUAUUAAUAAUGAAAAUCCAUAAAAAUGACAGAUGUAAGUAAAAAGAAAAAGUUAGAUUGUAAAGACUUAUAUGGCUACUUGCUGACACUCUCACCAAGUUCACUCAAUGCUCUGUAUAAUGAUCCGUUCACAUGUCUUGCAGUUUUUAGAGGUCUUCCAGAAUUAGCGAAACAUUAUAUUAUGCGGACUUUAUUUACAAACCAAUCUUUAUCAGAUGCAUUUGUUUUAUCAUGGUGUAAAAAAGAAUGGGCUAAAGAUCAUAUAGAAGCAGUAAACAAACUGAAGGGAUUACAUAUAUGGGUUAGUUUUGAAAUAGGAACUCCAAUGUUACGGUAUGAAUUUAAUAUUACUUUUCAAACAAAUUUAAGAAUAGGACUUUGUGGAGGAGGUCCUGUUCAAGCAACACCUUUAAAAGCAGUUGAAGAAAAACAUGCUCGGGAUGUUGCAUUUCUAGAUAAUUAUUCAAAAGAAAGAUGGGAAUGUAUUUUAUAUUAUAUGACUGGAUCUCAAGUUACAGGAAAUGCAGGCGUUAGUCAAGAUGUUGCACGUGUUCUUAUAAAUGCUGGGUUACUCAUUUUCGAUCACCAGGAACAAGCAACUUGCAUAACUUCAUCAGGAUUUCAAUUUUUACUUUUAGACACCUCUUCACAAGUAUGGUACUUUAUGGUUCAACAUUUAAACUCUAUGGAACCAGAAAUUCUUGUUCAAUGUUUAUCUUUCUUAUUUCAGACAAGCUUUUCAGUUCUUGGCAAAGAUUAUCCAGUUAAUGACUUAACAGAAGCUCAAUUUUCAUUUUUACAACUAUUACGUGAAAUUGGCUUAGCUUUCCAGCGUAAAAGAAAAUCUAAACGCUUUUAUCCAACAAGAUUGGCCAUUAAUCUGGGCUCAGCUGUUACCGGUAAUAGUGAUUCUAGUUCACAACAGCAAGGUUUUUUAGUUGUUGAAACUAACUAUAGGGUAUAUGCAUAUACUGACUCAGUUCUUCACAUUGCUUUGCUUAGCUUGUUUACAGAUAUUAAAGCACGCUUUCCAAGUUUUACUGUAGCUUUACUAAGCCGUGAGAGUGUACAGCAAGCAUUAGCAUGUGGAAUAUCUGCUGAACAAAUAAUUGAUUUUUUAAAAACUCGAGCACACUCACAAAUGACAACUAGCUCACCGAUUAUAGCUUCAACAAUCACUGAUCAGAUAAAACUGUGGGAAAUGGAAAGAGACAGGUUGCGUUAUUCUCAAGGUGUUUUGUACAAUCAGUUUCUUUCACAAAGUGAUUUUGAAAUGCUGCGAAAGUUUGCAGAUGAAAAAAAUCAUUUAUUGUGGGCAAAUAAUCAAAAACGUUUAAUGGUUGUAUCUAAGUCUGGUCAUGAAGAUGUAAAAAAAUACUGGAAGCGUAAUAAACCUAGCUAGCUUAAAAUUUAUAGGUUAUAAAUUUGAUUAGAGUUUUCUAAUAUUUUUA